AUGGUUCAACGGUGGACGCCGAUCCAGCAUCUCUAUCUGGACGGUUCGCGUAAGUAUCGGGUGCAUCGGGAGCUAGUGUCCAAACUUGCCAUCCAUCAACUCGAAGCGGUUCGCUUCCUGUACACUCAGCUGCGUGAGUAUACCGGAAUUUUCUUGAACGAUGAAUCAGGCCUCGGCAAGUGUUACCAAACGGUGGCAUUCCUAUCCGCCCUGGCUGUAAGCGAAGAUCGAUCGCUAAUCUUGUGCCCCGACCGCGAUCGGCUGUACCACUGGACGUACCAUUUGGAUGCGUUAGCACCGUCGUUACGCAGCAAAGUGCACAUAAAAUCGUACCUGGAUGCGGGCGAAGAACAAUCGACGCUACGGAGAACCGAUUGGCAGUACGUGGUGGUGGACGAAACCCGGCGAUUUAUGAGCGAUAAGCAGCUGGAAACGCUUCGUUCACUGGCGGUAAAGCGAUACAUCUUUGUUUGCUCCAUUGAUUUGCUCGACCGGCUGGAUGUGUUGAUAAAGCGGCUAGAUUUUUGUUACCCACGAGAUACGAAUCAUCUUCUAACGGUGAUCGAACAGCAAAACAAGCGACGAUCGCAAAGAGAUAGUUACAAGCUGUAUCUGUGUACGAGACGAUUUAUCCUAAGACGGUACUCUAGCAGUUAUCGUCAAACGCUUCCACUCAUUGAGAGGGGACAGUUUAUGGAAAGUUAUCAAGCGUGGAGUAUAGCGAAUGAAAUAGACAUUCCAGCUAUUGUAACAUCGCAACGGGAACCUUCUGAAGGGCGUAACAAUUCUACGCAAUCGGGCGGAGAAGAAAUAUCGAGUAAAACAAUGACACCGGAAGCAAUGGGUGUUGCACGUGGCAGAGAGAAAGAUGAUACAACACACUCGCCGAUUCGCUGUGGACGGCUGGAACUGACACAAGAGAACUCCCCGGAUCAUGCGUUUGAAGCGGUUCCACUACACUACACCGAAAGCGAACCACUGUUUGAACCGAACGAAACAAACACAGAACUUAUGCCAGCUUUACGUGUCGAAUCGGACACACCGUCGGAAAACUAUUCCAUUCCCGAGAUCGAUUCUUCAACCAUCCCCGAAACGGCGUCCGACUCCCAGGGUUACGUGCAGUUCGGUCAGGAGAUAUCCAGCCAUGGGUACUCCUCGUCCCAACCGUUCCAACCAGCACUCGCAACGGAGCGGUAUCGAUUUCCGAUCGAAAAGUUCCUCCGAAACCAGGGCCAGCUAAAAUCCUCCAGUUCAUCGCUGAGCGUGGAAAGCAUACCAAAUGGACAGCCACUUCCCCCGGUCGCCGAAAUCGUGAUCAGCUCUUCCGAUUCACAGCAGCGUAAAUCGCCAAAAUCGCCUGCACUGUUUGACGAUUCGGACCAUGAUACGAAAUCUUUAAAUUCCAUCACCUCCGAUACAGAGGAUGACAUCUCGCUGAUGGAGCUGUUGGCCUCGUCUCGCACGGUGGCGCCGAUCGGUACGAUCGGUGAGAGAAUACCGUCGCCCAGCAUAGCGCUCCGUAGGCUACCGUCCAUCAGUACACCGAUAUCGAAGCUAAUGUUCGGUCCACUGGCAAAUGGACAAGGCGAAUCGCAACCGGAGCCGAACAACAUUUCAUCGGUGGACAUGUUUGCCGAUUCCCUAGUCACCGGCGAGAAUGUGGAUAAUGUGUUUGAAAUUACGAAAAAUAACGCCUUUCCUAAUCGAAUCGCGGUGCACGGAGAAGCGAAUGGUAAUGCUUCGUUGAAGCUGGUGAACCUGGACGAUUCCACCGACGAGGAUGUCCAGUUCGUGGACGAAACGGUCGGAUGCAUUAUAGAUCUCGCGAAUGACACUGUUAGCACACCGAAAUCGGACGUCCUGAAUCGGGCCGUCGUGUGUCAAAAGACACCACCGAGCGGUGCAUUGAAUCAGGGCGUUUCUCCCGGCCGUGGAUGGUUGGGCAAAAGCCUUCGAAAGGUGACUCUUUCACCCGCUAGUGGAGGAAACACACCCAGCACUAGUAGACAGUCACCUAACAGGCGGGGAGGUAGUAGUGGAUGCAGUAGAGCUAAUGCCGUUCCCAAAGGAACGACCCCGAUUGUCCGGGACGCUAAAAGGCGCCGCAAGCUGGACGAUUUGUUUCAAACUGUUACUGAUACGAAGAGAGGCCGCUCCAGCCAGCGGAGAGCCUCGAGGAGAUGA